CUCCGCCACGGCGAUGACGCCCGCGGUACCGCCGCCGCCGUAGAGUGCCUCAUCACCGCCGAUUCUUGCGAGGAGGGAAAUUCAAAAGGCGCCCGGCUCUAGUGGCGACGAACGCGGAGGACCGGCGUUCCGCAACCGCCGAUCGGGCUCACGAUGCACAUCAUGGGCAGCUGUUGCUGCGGCGGCGGCAACAACAGCUACUACUCAAACCACGACAAGUGCGGCAGCGGUGCCGCGACGAGUCGUCGUCAGCAGCUGACGGCCGCGUGAGAUGCCGUCACCGGUUCCCGUGCUGGUCGCCUGCAUGGUGUGCGGCGCGCUACUGAGUCGCGCGGCAGCCACCGCUUCUGGGCAGCAGCAGCAGCAGAUCGUCGUGCUUCCUCACGAGGACAGGUGCCGCUCGUUCAACGCCAGCACGCUGCGAUACACAACGGAGACCCUGGUUUCCAACCACACGCAGCUGGCCGCGUACCUGGCCGAGUCCAACAUGACGCUGACGGUGCGCAACGCGACCGACGUCUGCCGCACGGGCGGCCUGCUGCCCCUCAUCGAAGCGAUGGAGGACCCACGGGUUGCAGGAGUUGUCGGUGGCCUGGACGAAGAAGUGUGUGCGGCCGGCGAACUGCUGGCGCAGGUGCACCGGAAGCCCCUGGUCGUGUGGAACUGUCACGGCUACUCCGGAGGUGCACUGCCAGUCGACAAGGCAUCGUCGCCGUCCGUGUUCUUCGGCCGCGUGUCAUUCAAUGUGGCUUUGGCUGCCUUCGCCGUGGCCUCGUGUCUCAACGACCUCCGUGUCAAGUACGCGGUGUUGGUGGUGUGCGAAGAGCAGCCGUGGCUCGCUCUGGCCAACGAGCUGGAGGCCAAGCUGCGGCCGUCGGGUCUUGUCGUGCGCCGUGUCAUCGCGCUUUCGCCCAAUGCCAAAUUGGAAGAAGUGGACGCCGCUCUACGGGUGAUCAAGGCACCCGUCAAAGCUGUGUUGCUGUCCAUGGACCCGUGGGGCGUCCUGCUGAGCCGCGCCCUGAAGGCGCUGCACGCGCAGGGGGUGGGCCGCAGUGCGGGCUCCUCGGUGGCACUGUUCCUGGUGAGCGCACCCAGGGCCCUGCACCCGCGCGCACUGCUCUCCCCCGCCCUGCUCGCGCUGGACGCUGCGGCGCCGGAGCUGCUGCGCGCCCUGUUCGUGGUGACGUUCGUGUCCACCGACACGUCUUACGCCAAGCUGUGGAAGGACCGCCGCACGCAGCAACUCUACCGACAAUUGGCUGCGCGCACUUCGGCCAGUGAAGUCUACGCGGCCUUUCGUUACUUCAACGCCGUGUCGCUCCUCAUCACAGCCUUGUGGCGGUCGUCGAAGUCGAAACCGUCGAAUGGAGCUGCUGCUCUGCCCGCUGGGUCCUUCUUCAUCAACGGCACUUUCCCCAGUCUGCCGACAUCGCCCAGUUAUGCUGACGCUCGGGGACAAGUUCAGAGUAAAGCCGUGCUGCUGGACUACAGCCCCGGGGCUCGGGGAUUCGUGUCCGUGCGCGAAACGGAGUUCCGCGAUGCGGCCCAGCCACUGCGCAGUGGGGCCUACCAGGUCUCGGAUCGUGGCUCUUCGCGGUCCUGGAUAGGGCGCGUAGACUGGCCAGGAGGCCACAGGCUGGAGCCAGACCCCGAGUGCGUCCUCAAGGAGGUCAACUGCGGGGGAGCCUGGGACAGUUUUCCCCUGACUAGUGGAGAAACUGUGGGCGUAACAGCGUCUCUGAUCGUGUGCCUAUCGGCUGCUUUGGGAGUCGCUGCUUUGGUCAGACGCAAGCUGGCUGUUAAACAAAUGCGCCGACGAAUCCUACUCUCGCAACAAGACAUUAGUAUCUCGCCUCCGGCAAAGAAGGGUAUGAGGUACCUGCACAACUCGCCAAUACGACAGCACGGUCACCUGACGUCACGUAACUGUGUCAUCGACUCUCGCUGGGUGCUCAAGGUCACCGACUACGGGAUGCCCGCCUUCCAGGAUCUUCAGGCCAUCGCAACGCUAGUGAGAUCAGCCAAAGACCUUCUGUGGACGGCGCCCGAGCUUCUCCGCGGAGACUGCUCGCUUCUGCGUCGCGGCACUCAGGCCGGCGACGUGUACAGCUUCGCCAUCGUGAUGCAGGAGGUGUUGCUCAGGGGAGACCCCUACUGCAUGCUUCCCCUAACGGCCGAAGAAAUCAUAGAGAAGUUGAAGCACCCGCCGCCUCUCAUCAGGCCAUCUGUGUCAAAGCAAACAGCACCCCCCGAAGCUCUGCACAUCAUGCGUCAAUGCUGGGCCGAGUCUCCCGACAUGCGACCUGACUUUGACAUCAUUGCGGACCGCUUCAAGUCGUUGUAUCACGGAAGGAAAGCAAACAUCGUCGAAACCAUGUUUCAAAUGCUUGAAAAGUACUCAAACAACCUCGAGGACCUCAUCAGAGAGCGGACGGUGCAGCUGGAUGAAGAGAAGAAAAAGACCGAACAUCUUCUCAACAGAAUGCUGCCGAGCUCCGUGGCAGAGACUCUCAAGGCCGGCCUGCCCGUGGUGCCAGAGAAGUUCGAGGAAGUGACCGUUUACUUCAGCGAUAUCGUCGGCUUCACGACCAUAUCCGCAUACAGCGAACCAAUGGAGAUCGUAGACUUCCUGAACGACCUCUACACGGCUUUCGAUUCGACUAUCAAUCACUACAACGUCUACAAGGUGGAGACCAUCGGUGACGCGUACAUGGUGGUAGGCGGCCUCCCCGAGCGCACCCGGGACCACGCCGAACAGGUGGCCACCAUGGCGCUGGACCUUCUGCACCACUGCGGCCGCUUUCGCAUCCGACACAUGCCCAACGUGCCUCUCAUGCUGCGCAUCGGACUGCACACAGGAGCUGUUGUCGCUGGCGUGGUGGGUCUUACCAUGCCGCGGUACUGCCUGUUCGGCGACACCGUCAACACAGCGUCCAGGAUGGAAUCGACGGGACGAGCAUACCGGAUUCACAUCAGCAGGACAACGGAGAGGAAGCUGCGACAAGCUGGGGGUUACUCUGUCAGGUACAGAGGGGAGAUUGUGCUCAAGGGCCGCGGACGACAGCCGACGUACUGGCUGAUAGGAAAGCAAGGCUUCAACAAGGCUCUGCCCGAGCCCCCUCAGGAUGACGAAAACAGAAUGAAGAUACUAACGUAUGUUUUCUUGCUCCUAUGCUGCCAGCUGGAACAACCACGGAUUCAAGGACGAGGAGAUAUUCAAGGCACUGGGUCGCAAGAAAGCAGACGACAUCCUGGACGCGCCGCCGUCGCCGCUGUCCCCCUGCGGCCACAAAACGGUGGACGGCAAUGGCGGCAACGGCUCCGGAGGACCCAGCGUCUCGGCACCAUUAGCCGAGAAGGACGACGCUCGCACGGGACGACCGUCGCUCGCGUCGGCGCAGGACUUCGGUCUGCAGGACAGUCUGAGCCCUUGCCUAAGUCCCGUCAGUCCUAGUUUAUCGUGGCACGCGGCGCCGGACCCCUGGAACUGCCAUACGAGAAAGCCCGCUUUGGACUCUUCCGGAGGAGCUUCCACGCUGGCCGCAGCAGCCGGAUCCGGCAGCAUGGGUGCAGCGCUCAAGAAAGGCAACAAGGUGGCCGCCAUGGAGUCCGAGCCGGCGGUCCAGCCGUCCUGGCCCGAGAACGACGUCGCCGCCAUCGACGACCCUGGCGGCGGUGUCUGUGGUGGUGUCGGUGGCAAAGACUCGUCCGACGAGCGGUCCUCGUGGCCUGCCACCAGGAACUCGUCACCCUCGCAGUCGUCGUGGCUGAGGCACAGCUGCAGCUCGUUGCGACAGCUAUCGUCUCCCAGUGACACGGAACACGUCUAACUGUCUCCGGAGUGUUUCUCCACGGCCAGUGGGUUUUACGUGUUUGUGUUACCCUUGUAGGCCUCGAAGUUGUGAUGCCUUUGAUAUAUGACGUUUUAGCACAGCCGCUGACAUUAUGCAGUGUUAUGGACCGUUGGCACCCUCUCGAUUCUCUUCGGUGUGUGCGAGACACCGGGAACAUCCCGAGUCAGUGAAUUGACGUUAGAAGUCUACUAUAUUUUUCUUUUCUGUUUUUCAUGGCAAUGUAUGAGGGACAUCUCUGGCGUCCUACACAAUGGUUUUACUUGCUACCCCUACAGUGGUUCAGUGCAUUCUGAGAGCUUUUUAAAUGUGGUUCGGAAGUAUAAGAACCACUUUAACGAACAAAACACUCCUAGAGCGCCACGACUACUGUAAAAUACAGCUGUGUGUGACUGUCCUGCCCUUCCCGUGGAAGCACAGUGUGGGUGUGUGAACCUUUUGCUCGCCCAAGCAUUUAGCUUGAAAAAAGCGUUUCUUUCUCCACUCAACCUCUAUAAUGCAUAACUUCUUGUGCCAUUACAAUCCCUUUCGUUGAAAUCAAUCUUGAGAGAGAGAAACCGGUUGCCAUUCCCGCGGCAAGAUUAUCGUUUCUGUAAGCUGUGGAAGAGCACAUUUCAGUUUUAGCCGUCCUGGCGCCAAGUUUUUGUGUUUGUAUCUGUCCUCUUGGUCAUCUGUCUCAUUCCAUAUUUGGUACAUAGAAUGAGUGUAGCGGGGCAAGACCUUACGGGGAUUAGGAUGUUAAGCUGUCUCCACAUCGAGAGUGUUGUAUGGUUCCAUCCUCUGUGACAAAGUAAAAAUGAAAACUGAAAACUGAAAAAUUGCAAAAGAAGCCUUAAUAGAGAGAAAACCAGAAACCGGACAAACAUACCCCCCCCCCCCAUAAAAAUUAAGAAAAAAGCACGACGUUUUUAGAUAAUCUAUUCAUACAUUCACACCUAAUUUUUCUUUAGCAACUUUUCUUAAAGGAUUGUAUCAGCAAGAAGUACAUUGAUAAAUGGAUUCUUAAGGUUGUGCAUUGGCCGGUACAAUGAACAAGUAAGACAAAUGAACAUUUCACAAGAGAGAUCAAAAUGACAGCAGAACUUAGUCAAUGACCAAAAAUUAUUAACGUCCAUGAAAAGAACCUCACGCACCAUUGAAAUGUAGCUGUCGUAUCUUUGUUCAAUUUAAGGGGCACUAAAAUAUUUAUAACUAGUGGAACAAAACCAACAAAUGGCUUUAUUCUUCACCUCGUAUGCACAAAAAUUAAACAUGUACUCUCGAAUAUGCAGCAGCAUUUGUGGCGUCACAGAGUCUUCUCAUUAGUUUCACGGUUUGGUAACGAAAUUCACAAAAAUGUCAUUUUGACGUUUAUUUCUUUUUCUCCCGCAGAAUGAUUGUUGAGAUAUUUCCAAUCGCGUAGCCUGCAUGUCCAGUCUUGUUUGGUGUUUGCCAAUUCAAUCUCACUAUAAUGAGAUUUGAUACUUGAAGGUGGUAUGCAAGGCGCUCCCACCUCACCAUGUCCCGCAUGAAGCGGCCACAUUGCAUCAUUGUGCUCUCAGACAGCACGUGUAACUAGAAACCAGAAAACUGCUUUUGCUAGCCUGACUCGCUUAAACGUCAUCUUGUGGUCUAAUCUCUUACUGUAAGAAAACAGCAUUGAGGACAGCCAAUUAAGGCACCAAAAUGAAUCCAUAUGCAGGAAUUUUGAACAUGGCACUUUUAGACACCUGUUAAACUUCACCACGAGGCACCAGCGUAACUUGGAGGACAGCAUUUGAAAACUAAAUAAAAAUUUCGAAAGAUCAGCCGAAUUUCAACAGCUAUCAGUUUGCAACGUCGAGAGUGUACUCCCUUCUAAUAGCAUACGCGUUUCGUAACUUCCCUGCUGUGUUAAAGCAGCGUUUCGGUCCGGAUUAAAAUACUGUUAUAACGCAGCAGGGCAAUUACGACCAAAUGCCGUAAAGGCAUGUUAUAUUAGCAGAGAGCACCUCCUCG